UCCAGUAAUACCCCUCUUCCACUCUUUUUUUGACUUCCUCGUUUUGAUUCACAGCUUUGUCCGCUUCUGCUGCCAAGCAUUGAGCCAGUUUUCUUUAAUAAUAAGGCUAUGAAGAUUGGUUCAUGGUGACUUUCCCACUUCAACCCUAACUCCUUCCCUUUCAGCAUUCACUGGUUCGCUCGGUAACUCAAACAAUCAUGAGCCGAUUCAGGAGUAUUGAGAUCACAGACCCUUUCUUCCCUCCCGUCUUCACCAGAGAGAUCUCCAUUUUCGCGCCAAAAUCCCUAGUUUUUCCCUCAUUUGUGGAAGAAGAGCGCGAUUUCAGCUUCGCUCUUGAUCUCUUAAACCCCUGCCCUAACCCUGACCCCUUUCAACUCUUCGACACCGUCACUGAUCUGAUCCAAAUUGAGCGAACGCCCUCGCUUUGCUCCUACAAGCGGAUCCAGAAGCGGGCGGUGCCUGAUUUUGCACUGCAAACACUAUGCGACCGAGUGUCUGCGCUCGAAUCGAAGUUCGACCGGCUUGUCAGCUCGAGGACCUGCGGCGUGAACCGAAAGUACACAUGGACAGCUGAGAUCGACGGGCCCGUUGAACGUAAGUAUAAAUGGACGGCGGAGAUCAAGGAAGGGAAGAAGAAGAAAGAGGACGAGGAGGUUGUCGUGGUGAAAAAGGCGCCGAUUGGGAAGAAAAACUAUAAAUGGACGGCUGAGAUUAAGGGGGAGAAAGAGGAUGGAGGGGUCUCACGGACCUACACCUUCAAAGCAUCAAGUGGCGAUUAUGCCAAUGAGUGUACCAAGUUGGAGAAGAAGGAAAAGAAACACAAGAAAAAGGAGAAGAAAGAAGAGAGCGAGACGCGUGUGGUGGAGAUUGAAGAAGGGUCUCCUGAUCAUGGGGUUAUCGUUUUGAGACAGGCUUUUGCCAAGAGAGCUGGAGCUAUUAAGAACAGGAAGGGUAAGAAAAAGGAAUUGUCUCCACAAGAUGCUGCAUUGACGAUCCAGUUGACUUUCAGAGCUUAUCUGAUUCGUAGAUCAAAGGCUUUACGGGCACUUAGGGAGUUGGCAAUUGCAAAGACGAAGUUGAAAGAGAUUAGAGCCUUAUUCAACAACUUCUCUUACCGCCGUCGUGUAUCCCGAGAUGCAGAGGAGCGGCAGAGGUUUUCUGAGAAAAUUAUUGUUCUCCUCCUAACUGUUGACGCCAUUGAGGGAGCUGACGUAAUGGUGCGAGCUGCAAAGAGAUCAAUGGUUGAUGAAUUGGAAGCAAUGCUUGAUGUGGUGGAUCCCCAGCCCCUGGGGAAGUCACUUUCCAUGAAGAGGAGGACAUUCGACAUGCCUGAUAGUGUCAUUCGGAAGGAAAUUGCAGAUGGAGUGGCACAGGUUGUUCAACUGCUUGAAGGCGAGGAAAAUAGUGCCGAAUAUAUUGGUGCAUAAGAACUCAGGUGUCAAAACAAGUAAUCUCUGUUUAACGUUCCUGCUUUUCUGGUUUAAGACGUAACCCCCUAGUUUUCGGUUGGAGAAGAUCCAAAAGGCAUUAGCUGUUUCCCUUUGCGUUGUAGAGCGAGUGCAUGUAUUGCCUGAACUUUCUUCGAUUAGGUUGAAGAAAGUUGUUGUAAACUGGUUUUUAUGUGUUUGUACCGUUUGAAAGCUUAAAUAUUUGUAUUCCGAGUUCUCAAACUUCAAAAGCACUAUUUAGCCUUCGGCGUGAAGCCAAGAUGUUGAAAUA